UUGGCGAACAUAAUUAGAAUCUAUUUCAGGAAUGGCCGAUAUUCACCGGAUGAGUCUUCCAUAGCUUUAUUGGAAUGUCCAAUUGGCGGAUUCAAGUUUGAUUUGUAUGAACCAGAAAAAGAGCCUGUUAAGGUUCAGAUUGAGCGUGGAACGUUGUUAAAACCUCUCUCGGAACUUGAUGAUCCUCGAGUGAUCGCCUAUCUGAAACGAGAGCAAGGUGAACUUCGACGAAAAGAUGCGCUUUUGGGCCGUGACGUCCUUUGCUCCACUGUCUAUGCUGUUGUUCCAAAAACCAACGUUAUGCGCUUGACUGACGAUCAGGCAAUGUGGGUGAUAAAUUUUUAUCAUAUAUAG